UGUGAGUGUAGUAUGCGGAGCUCCAGCAACAACAUCAAUAGCUACUACUCCAACUGCUGAUCCUAAUCCUAGAACUACUACUAUCAUAGCCUCGGGAAAAACUUUAACAGCAACAAAAACUGUAACUUUUACUAAUGCAGGGCUAUCGCAGGCAUCAUCAACCACUUUUGUAACACCAGAAUCGACAUCCUCAGAUUUCACUCUAUCAACAAAAUUUUCAAAUUUUGUUGCUUCGACAAUGGAUACGACGAAAGAUGAUCCAGAGAAAGCGAUAUACAUUGUUGCUGGCUCUGUGGCUGGAGGCAUACUAAUACUUAUUGUACUGGGGAUUUUCAUUUUCGUAAUUCUAAACAGGAAGAGAAAAAGGCAAAGUAAUGGUGAAUCUCGGAACGAGGACAUAUCACAUGCAAAUAACGCCUUUGAAAACAACCAAGACUUGCCUGACAAUCCUUUAUAUCUCUCUUCGCAACCUGUGGACGAAUUAGGGUACAGUUCGGAUCAGGAAAAGCAACUAGGUCUACCACCGACGGAUUCAAAAACGAAGAAAAAAAUUAACUCAGACUAUGAUGUUCCUCCUAACAAUAAACCAAUACCUGAUGGUACGUCUUCAAUGCCAGUCUAUGCUGUUCCAAAAAGGAGUCAGAACCGUACACCUGAGGUUAGCACAGGCGAUAUGUAUGCAGAGGUAUGUAAACCAAACAGAAGCACUGCAAAGGAUCCGGUAAGAAAAAGUAAUGAAGAAGGUCUCUUGUACAUGGAAGUUGAACAAGACACUGCUGCCACAAAACAAACUAACAUCAAUGACAAAAAUAAAAUCACUGAAGGUGUCUGUUAUGCCGAAAUUAAGCACACAUAAGAAAAGUACAUUUUAUGACAUUGUUUAAUGUAGUGUUAUGUUUUUCGUUUCUAUAUUUUUUUGUAUAUGCAGCUUUGCUAUAUCUGGUUCAUGCAAUAUGUAUUUCUGUAAAACUUCUAUCAGUUGUAAUCUUUAUUGAUGUAGUGAUCCUCUAAAAAAUGCACCACAACUAAUUACUAGUCGCAGUUCUCGUGUUAAUGAACACAAGAGUCUUAUAUGUUAACAUUGAAAUGAAAGUAUACAUAUAUCUUAAAAUGUUUAUCUAAGCACAUGUAUUAUAGGAUUUUCUCUAUAACACUAAAGUAUGUUUUUCAUGUUUUUAUCUUGAGCUUUGUCUUUAAUGUCAUACACGUAUGUAAAAAAACCAAACUCUUCUUUUCAUCAAUGCAAUGUCUACUUGACACAUGAGAAUGUAUUAAUAGUAGUCAAUAAAUGCAUAUUUUUCACGAUUAAUUAUGUAUGUAUGAAUUAUCAAAAUUAUUUGUCUCAACAUUCAAAAACAUCAAAUAUUUGAAAAUGAAAAGAAAUAAUAACGAUAACUGAAAGCAAUACCA